AAGACUCGCAGGGGAGUGGAGAGUGGAGUAAUUCCAGCUCUAAACUUCUUUGCACGGAAUCCGUCCGGUCGUUUGGCACCAGAGCGCCCGGACGCCUCUGCGUUAUGCAUGGAGUCCGGCGCCGUUUAGGAAGGGAUUUCCAGCGCUGUGAGGAUUCAUUUUAGGCGUGAAGGAAAAGAAGAGUUUGAAACAUCAAGGCAAAACUCCAGGAAACUUUGGAUCCUAGAUUCUGAUGGGGUUGUUCUGAUGUAAACUGAUGCUGUCUGACUAUGCUGUGUGGAUUGCGUGCUGGAUCAUCUGUUGGAGAGGUGAAGAUUUUGUAGAGCGGCUGGCAAAAGUUUUGGCUUAAUUAAUUUAACGACAGCAGUUCAGAAAGAGGUGGCUGUGAUCAGCCCUCUGGGGAAAACUAAUGAUGUUUAGCGCGGCGUCUGUCUGAGUUCAACUUUCUGAUGCUGCAGAGGAGCAGGGGAACCGCGACCACCGGCUGCGCACGCUGUGCGCACCGUGCACCAACUCCCGGUCUUUGGAGACAAGUGUAAAUCGAUGCGGCAUCCCCCGAGAGGCGGACGGGACCGACAGGGCUCAUCCAAAACCGUCUAGGUUGUCGUAUGUUCAAGUCGAAACGCUCCGGUCUUGUUCGGCGUCUCUGGAGAAACCGUCUGGUCACCGAGAGCGGCGGGCGGGAUGGAAGCAGACGAGGCGAGGCAGGACGGCACGGUCACUCAGGAAGGCUCCACAGACACGAGCAGAGGUCGGUGACACGCACUGACGCGGGACUCUCCGCUGAGGCUGGAGACAUGACGGAGAGCGUGGAGAGGGAGGAAGAGGAGCAGCCGGAUGACGACCGGGGUGUCAUGUGCGUUGCAGGGCGCAGGAGCUCUCUGCCGGAGCAGGAGAGCGACGGCAGGACGGUGAUGUGCUGUUUGUUUGGGGAGUGGGAUCUUAGACCACGGAGCUCCUACUGGGCCCUGAGAAAAGACGGAGGGCCCCCCUGUCAGUGCGCACCUAGGCGCACUGGCCUCGAUGAGGACAUAGCGAGCGCUGCUCACACUUUUUUAAAAAGACUUAAAGACAGAUCUCUGGAUGCUCUGGUGAAGGCUGUGGAGACCAAAGGAGGGAUACCAGGGGAGUGCGUCCUUGUGCCGAGAACCGAGCUGCGCCUGAGCGCGCACCACGUCUCCCCUCAGUAUCUGUUGUGUCGGCUGUUUCGCUGGAGCGACCUGCCGCUCUCAGCUCGGCUCAAAGCGCUGUGCCACUGCCAGAGCUUCGCUUCUGGAGACAGCGCAAAGGUGUGCUGCAACCCCUAUCACUACAGCCGGCUGUGCGGGCCAGAAUCACCUCCUCCUCCAUAUUCUCUGUCCCAAUCAGAUGAACCUAAGCUACUGGACUCAGCUCUGUCUUACACUGAAACUGCGGCCCCCCUCCUCCCAAGUCCGCCCCACAUUAUGCCAAGAGACUUAACAGACACUGGUACCUCCAUCGGCUCCUCCACCUCCGGUGGACACCGCUCUCACUGGUGCAGCGUUGCCUACUGGGAGCAACGCACCCGUGUGGGACGCCUGUAUCCAGCCUACGAGCCCUCGCUCAGUAUCUUCUACGACCUACCUCAGGGCACGGGCCUCUGCCUUGGCCAGCUCCACGCCAACGCUUACCACAGCCGCCGCGAGGACCCAGGCAGCCACAGCACGUCGGACCUUUAUCGGCACCACAGCCACGGAAGAGGAGGAGGGAACAACAGCAAUAGCGGCAACAUACAACAGAUUCGCAGUAAAAUCGGUUUCGGCAUUGUGCUGAGCCGAGAGCCGGACGGGGUGUGGGUCUACAACCGCAGCCAGCACCCGGUGUUCGUCCACUCGCCAACUCUGGACCUACCGAGCGCUCGUGGGCUGAGCGUGAACAGGGUGAUGCCUGGUUUCUCUCUUAAGGUGUUUGAUUUUGAGUGUUCUAGCUGGAUGACAGAGCACGGCGUAAAACCAGAGACCCAAGAGGGGCCCUGGGACCCCCACAGCAUCCGGAUCAGUUUUGCUAAGGGAUGGGGCCCCUGUUACUCCAGACAGUUCAUCACCUCCUGCCCCUGCUGGCUGGAGGUCCUGCUCAACACCCACAGAUAGCACACAAAACAGGAAGCAUCUGGACUCAGUAUCCCAAUUGUAAUCUAGCUAGAUUUAAUAUAAAUUUAUAUAUUAUAUAAGAUAUAUUUUACAUGUAAAUACUUGAGUCAUUUUUACGAUGCAAUUAUUUAUGUAUAGUGUAAUGUGUAUAUUGUCGACAUAAAAAGGAACAAGAAUAUGCACUUUGAUUCUAUAUAUAUGCAUUGCAGCUUUUCAAUGUGUCUAUUUGCAAACCGCAACUGUAAAAGUAACCGAUUUGGUUCAUGUUCUCAAUUUUUUCAACUCCUUUAAAAUAUUUGCAUCACAGAAACAAACACAUUUUUCAAUAAAGAAUUU